UGUCAAACUCGGCAGCAAAGACUGGAAGCUCAUUAUCCACCCUAACAUUAAAAAUACGGUCCGAAUAACCUCUUAUCAAUUUUAAUUUACUCUUAAACUAUGGAAACUAAACCUAAACUACGAAAACAACUCCUUUGGGGCAUCUCGACUGUGGAUAUACUUUGUUUUCAGACUCUGUUUAUUGACUGAAAACAGUUAGGUGGACUCUUAAACCGCGAGACUUGACAGUCCGUGGAGUGGAAAAAUGUGAUUCAGGAAAUUCAGGCGUCGUUUCGCUCGUCCGGUUGUUUACACGUUUUUUUUCGGGCGAUUUUUUAAACACGUAUAAAGUACAUUCGGGAUCGUCGUUGUUGUUUUGGGAUCAAGCUGAAAAGCGGGUGGAGAGUGACACGUAGCGCGCUAAGCUAAUUUAGCAUUUAACUUGGGUGAUUAAGACGCACAGCAAUCCUUAUUAUAAGAUCACUACAUAUAGAACUAAAAAAAGAUCUUGUUUAAGUGAACGCAAAUUAACGUACUAGUUUCUCAUGGGAUAUAGAUGAUAUACUAUAAAAGAUCAUGAUGUCACGGGAGAAUGGACGUUUGUCAUCUGAUGACACUAUGAGUGUGAGGACACUGGGCAGUCAGUUUGACGAAGAGAGCUCUUUUGGGUCUGACUCUGAAAUCGAUGGAUUCACCAGCUCAAGAAGGACUGACAGAUAUGGAUUCAUCGGAGGUGCCCAGCAGUAUUCAGCUGAAUCGGCUCAGGAUUUGUCUCUAGAGGUUCUAAGACACAGAGAAGUGAAAUGGUUGGACAUGCUGAACCACUGGGACAAAUGGAUCGGUAAAAGGUUCAAGAAGGUCAGGCUGCGAUGUCAGAAAGGAGUCCCACCAUCGUUGCGAGGCAGGGCGUGGCUGUAUCUGUCAGGUGGAAAAGUGAAGAGGGAACAGAACACUGGGAAGUUUGAGGAGCUGGAUGGAAUGGAUGGAGACCCUAAAUGGGUUGAUGUGAUCGACAGAGAUCUUCACAGACAGUUCCCGUUCCAUGAGAUGUUCGUGUCACGAGGAGGACACGGGCAACAGGAUCUCUUCCGGGUGUUGAAGGCUUACACCCUUUACCGGCCAGAGGAGGGUUACUGCCAAGCUCAGGCUCCUAUAGCAGCAGUGCUUCUCAUGCACAUGCCAGCAGAGGAUGCAUUUUGGGUUCUGGUUCAGAUUUGUGAGAAGUAUCUCCCAGGUUAUUACAGCGCAGGCUUGGAGGCAAUACAGUUGGAUGGGGAGAUCCUGAAUGCACUACUGAAGCGUGUGUGUCCUGUGGCGUAUCGGCACCUCGACAAGCACAAGAUAGAGCCCAUCCUCUACAUGACAGAAUGGUUCAUGUGCGCCUUUUCCAGAACUUUGCCCUGGUCCUCUGUGCUGAGAGUGUGGGAUAUGUUCCUGUGUGACGGAGUGAAGAUUAUAUUUCGUGUUGGGCUGGUGCUGAUGAGUUGCAUGCUGGGGUCGCGUGAGAAACUGAAGACUUGUCCUGGUCAGUAUGAGACUAUGGAGCUUCUCAGGGCAUUGGAGCCACGAUACAUGCAGGAGGGCUUUCUUGUACAUCAGGUGUUAGAGGUGCCCGUAUCUGCUCGGGAUGUCGAACGAGAACACCGCAUACAGCUCAAGCGCUGGCGAAAAACCCACGGCGAGCUCAGUUACAAGUCUCCCCCCAGAAUGCACGGCACGCAAGCCAUCAUGGCUGCUGAGCCCCAUAGUCGCCAAGACCUUCGUCAGAACCCCACCAUCAUUGUCCAGCAUCCCCUUUCCUCUGACUCUAAUCCCAAAUUCAAUCAAAUCAAGAAGAGAGGAAGCAUGCGGAAAGCCUCACUUCCUCAUGUGGAUGUCCCUAACCCCUAUGCCUUACAUACAGACCCAAACGCAGCCCCUCUCAAAAAUGAGCCUCAGAAGCAAGAUCAACUCAAGGAAACGCCAUUAAACAAUCUACACAAUAACCAACCUUCUCCAUCACUACAGCGUUCCCUCCUCACUACACAAGAGAAGACAUCAGCCGAGAAAAUCGUACCGCCCAUACAGUCUCUCCCAGACCCCGCCCCCAAUGACAUUCUUCCUGUCCCAACCGCGCAGCCACAAGCACCACGACCCAAAACACCUCAGAAUGUCUCUCGCACCCCAACACCUCCCCAAACCUCACCAGCCCUUCAACAAUCACGCUCUGCUGAGAUCCCCCUCUCCUCCUAUCCUGAAACACUUCCUCCGCCAAUAGGCUUCAGAUCAAAUUCCAACAACUCCGCCCAUCUGACAGAUCAUCCACCCACUACAAUCGCAACUCCGCUACUUUUGAAUGACACGCCUGUGAAUUGGAAUUCUACUCCCAAAGUUCCCAGUUUACGUAACUCGUGUGAGAGCGUGGGGUCAGAGGACACAUACCUGUAGCUUGUGUUAUACUUCUGUUCAAGGAGAAUGCUGUUUUGGGAACCAGCAAAAGCUUUAUGACUGUUAAACGGCAAGCGUGCACGUUGGAGGAAAUCUGUUGAAUGUAUUUUGAUGUUCUUGAAUUAUUGAUCUUGGGUGAGAUUGAGAUUUUGUGGUUGACUGAUGCAGACAAGGAUCUUCACUCGCCACGAUCCAGACUUGGCGACUUCUGACAAAAAGAUCUCCAAGACCCGUUUUAAGAGCCGCCUUCUAAGUGCUGUUGAAUUGUGGGCUGUGCAGACUUCAUAUAACAUUCCUGGAUGAGAUCAGAGAAGAAGCGAAUAAAUGAAACAAAUUAAUCCAUACUUCUAUUAUUCAAUCAUUAAGACUUUAUAAUCAAACAUGUUUGGCUAUAGUAUCUCAGUUACAGUGUUAUUUGCUGCUUAACAAUAUUAGGUCAUUAUGUUGCAAGAGUUCUGAUAAUAAAAAUGACUCAAGUUUAACAGUCUUAACCGUGUUUUACCACUAUUAUAAGCAUUUACAUUUUUUUUUUGUAUUAUUUUGUAAACAGCCUCAUAGUUUUAACACACGCAAUAGAGCCUUGCUUUAUAUUUCAGCUUUGUUUGUUUGUUAGUUCACAAACAUGACAGAAAUGUUACAAUUAUGAUAAGGAGACAACCACCCGACCAUCAAAGCUUAAAAGUUUAAAGCUGUUUAAACUUAUCGAUAUUUAAAUAAAUGUCAUUGGCAUGAUGUUAAGAAAUGGUGCAGUGUCCCUUUAGCAAAACAAUUUAUUUUGCAGCUAUUGCUGGAGAAACUAGACGUAUUUCAUCGCAAGCCACCAGAUGGCAGGCUUUCAUUAGAAACGAUCCAUUUUAGUUUUUGAACGUCUGUUAAGCGGUUACAUUUGCAUUCAGUUAUUUGUACAAAACCAGUAUCAUCUGUGAAAAGUGCUAUAAAACAUUAACCAGCUAAAACAGAUUCGUAACCAGACAUGAUAGGCAGUUAUUUUUAAGUUAAGAUGUUUUAUUUACAGUUGGAAUAUUCGAAAAAGUAUUCUGUUAUCUUUGUUUGUUUAAAGUUUGCUUAAAUCACUUUGGAAAACCCUUUGAUUUUUGUGUUUAACCAACAACUGACUGUCGCAUCGUGUAGAUUUUGUACAAAUAAAAGCACUUAUAAUCAGA